UACAAGUUAGGUACGAAGGGCAGAGCAAUGGUGGCCUAGCGGUGAGCUGCAGGAGUGCAUUGCAGACACGGCCCAAACUCUUCAACCUGGGGCGCCAAGCACGCUCUUCCUCGCACAAGGUCUACCGUAGUAUCCUGCUCUAGGAUAACGCAGCAGCCAUCGGAGUAGUCUCUUGCCUUUUAUGUUUGGGAUUGAUCUUAGACUGGCCGCUCAUUCCUGGUUUCUGCAACGAGCGACAGCGAUGCCUUAGCAAGUCGGAUCUUGUUUCCAGCUGAAAAGAUGGCUGCAUUGCUCCGCAGUCCUUUGGGAGUGCCGCAGGCCAAUCCGGGCGCAUUCUCAUCCAGUUGUGCACUUAGACCACACCAUAUAGCAGCCUGUUCAUUCCCUGCAAUCCCCAUUCGCUCCCGGCGCAGUCUUGCGCCUAGUUGCCUCAAGCCCCCUCAAGCGCUCCCCAAUAACCCUGCAUUCCUGCAUGCAGGCCCGCCUGUGCUCAGCAGCUCACACAGUCUUUGUCUUGGAUUGCCGUCCCUCCGUCAGCAAAAGCGCAUAGCCCCCCCUCACAAUGCCCGGUACAGAUUGGUUGCUGCAUACGAGGCCGAAAAACCGCCCCCUGCGGAGCAAAAGCGGCCCACGGUCGUGAACCUGCCUAAAGCAAUAUGGAUGCAGCUGACGCAGCCGCUGCGCAACUUUGGCUACGGCCGGCGCAGCAUGUGGGAGGGCGGCGUCGGCCUCUUCAUCAUGGUCGGGGCGGGUUUGCUCAUGCUUGUCUUUGCGUGGAUAAAAGGCCAGCAAGUCCGCUCACGCUCGCACAAGUACACGGCGGUGGUUGAGUUUCAACAAGCGUGCGGGAUCACGGUUGGGACUCCUGUGAGGAUCCGGGGGGUGGACGUCGGUCAGGCCGUAAAGGUGAAGCCGUCGCUGGCGGCAAUUGACGUGGUUGUCGAGUUGCAAGACCAGGCGGUCGUCAUUCCUCGCAAUGCGCUGGUAGAAGUGAAUCAAAGCGGUCUGAUCAGCGAGACGCUGAUUGACAUCACGCCGCGGCAUCCGAUCCCCGCGCCAAAGUACGGGCCGCUCGACGCGGGGUGCGAUGAGGAGGGGCUGAUCGUGUGCGACCGGCAUAAGAUCAAGGGCGAGCAGGGCGUGAGUCUGGACGAGCUCGUGGGGGUCUGCACGAAGAUUGCAAAGCAGAUGGACGCGCAGGGGAUUGACAAAAUGUUUGAGACGGCGGCCGCGGUGAAGCAGGCGCUUGCAGAUACGAGGCCCCUUUUACUGCAGGUUGACAAAAUGGCGGAGGACGUUGGGCCCCUCCUGAAAGAGGUGCGAGAGGGCAAGUCGGUGACUGCGCUGCAGAACCUGAUGGUGGUCGCGACAUCGUUGUCCCAAGACAUCAGGAGAAUGAACAACGCGGUGCUGACAGACGGCAACCUUGCGCACCUAAGAGACUCGGUCAAGGACUUGACAGGCACGCUGAAGAACAUCGAGACCAUCAGCCAGGAUCUGAGUGGCUUCCUGGGCGAUCCGGUGACUAAGUACAACUUGAAACAGGUUAUCGAGACCCUUGGCAGGCUUGUGGAGGAUUGACAUAGACCUUCAACAGAAUCCAUAGCAGGUCCUUAGGAUGUCAAAACAAUAGGGAACGUUCGAUUGCAGCUUGUCUAGCUUUGCGGGAGUGUAGCAGCCAGGAUUAUCCAUUUAUGGGAGGCCGCUUCGACGGGGCCUGGAUUAGCACCAGAGACAAAGAGGUUGCUACGAGUAGACCUGUGCUUGAUUCUGGCCAAAUAAAGAGCUUGCCUUUUGUUUCUGAUAGACCUUUCGUUGAACCAGUGUUCGACGAGCUUGCAAACGUCUGCAAGUGUUGGCACGUAGUCAGCUUAUGAUCGAGCUAGUUUGCACGUGUUGCUUCGUCACAAGGUACUACUGAGCAUCAUUAUUGCAGUCAGCUCAC